UUCAAAAUGCGUUGCCUCUUUGGACUCAUUUACAGCCCGUGUGCCUUGAGUAUGACAGACUGCUGGUUUGGGGAAAGGAUCGUACGUGUGUCUGGCUGGGUGUGCUCACGGACAAGAGAUAAUGAUCAGGUUAAUGAGAUCAGACGAUAGGGUUCUCUCUUCAGAAAGGUUUUCAGAGUGCACUGGAUGACCAGGAUGAGUUUACCUCAAGGGGAAAAGCAAGGGCACGGUUUAAUUUACUGGUACUACAAGCGCAAUACCAGAAAUUGUCAAGUACACAUGAACGAUGGCGCAUCGAAAAGUACAUUCUCGGGAGAAAAUGACUAGGGUUUUUCUGCUGGUUAUUGCAAUAUAUCUGGAUUGUGUGUGGAGUAUGGAGGGUAACGUAACCACUGAAGAAGCAGAGACCACGCCCAGUCUGUCAGGCACGGCCUCUGAAGCAGAUGCACGAACAGAAAAUCCUACUAGCAGUAGACACGCAUCAACAAAUACCGAGGACACUCUCCCAUCGACAGAAAGAACUUCCCCUUCUGGGGAGCAUGAUGUGAAAUCUUCUCCCUUCGGGAAUACAAGUAUAAGCACAUCGAUCCUGACUACAGAACAUCCGACUGAUGCUUCUCCCCAAUAUGGUGAAAUUCACUGGUUGCUCUUCACAGGAUGGCAGAUGCCGCUAUUUAUGGUCUGCGUCGAGAUCUUUGCUUACUGUGUCACCAUUUUCAUAGUCUUUGGCUUCAGUCAAAAAAGAUCUCGUGUCAAACGAUUCGGACAUUUCUCUUGGAAAGGACCAAACCCGUUUCAAGUACAGGAUGCUAAAAAUGUGAAAGCGGCAAGGGAGCAUUAUAUCGGGACAGAUUUCAAGGAAGGCAGAUUUAAGGCCAAGAAACCGUCAAUUAGGGGACACCGUCCAUAAGGACACACCCAUUCAAAUUCAACUUUACCUAAAAAUUAUCAGUUUCAUUUAAUAUGAAAACAAUGGUUGGGAGAAACACUAUGCAUUACACAUUCUUAUAAACACGAUUUAGGAAAUACGCUGUAAUAUUAUGAUGAUACUGUAAAAUCAUGUUGAACUUCCCUGUCUCCCGACACAGCAUCUGUUUCAUUCUCUUGCCGCGAAAAGUUGGGCUUAUUUUAUGUAAAUACAUGUGUACAAUCGAAAAGGUCAGCAGUUUUUCUAUGUGGGAUGGAUAACAAGUGCCAGCCCACGUGAUGAGUAUUGAAUGAAGAUAAUCGUACUGCUCCCAUGACAAAUGCAGAUUCGCUUGGUACGUUACCAAAGUGAUUUCCACGUCAUGCAGAUUGGUUUCCACGACAGUAUGAUACAAAAUAAUGCCCAUGUAAGGACUUUAUCUAAACGAUGUGGACGUCUGUGUAUUUUGCAGGUACAUGUAUGUUUAAAAUAGCAUAACUUAACCAUGGGUAAGAAGUGUUCCAUCCACGUACCUUCAAGCUUUCUUUAUCUCCCUGGACGGACAUUAACAGCAAAUUACGUUACUUACUGCCAGACAUCCCCGGGCAAACAAGGUUAAUAAUUGACGAUGUUAAAGGAAUCGUGCCAAUUACGUGGCAUGUCAUACGAAUAAGGGGCGUACCGCUUUAUUGAGUUGCAAUUACAGAGCAAAUAUCCUAGGAGGUUGGCUUCUAGUAUGGAGAUUGUCAUUAACGGUAAAAUAUGGUCCAGUCUUUCGGUGUUUAUCGUAUCUUUAAAAUGGUUGCCUCGCAGACAGAGUGAUAGGAUCGCCAGGCCCUCUAAUUUUCGAUUUCAAUUAUUUGAACACAGUUUUGUGUAACUUUAACGAAUAAAUGGAAAUUUCAGUUUAUUUGUAUGUUUUGACUUUGCAAAAUAACACUCAGUAAUUAUGUAUAAAGCACACUGUGACAAAUGGA